AUGAAGGACUCAGCUCUGAAGGUGCUUUACCUGCAUGAGAACCAGCUUCGGGCCGGAGGGCUGCACGCCGGGAAGAUCAUUAAAGGUGAGGAGAUCAGCGUUGUCCCCAAUCGAUCACUGGAUGCCAGGUUCUCCCCAGUCAUCUUGGGCAUCCAGGGAGGGACCCAGUGCCUGUCGUGUGGGAUAGGGGAGGAGCCAACCCUGAAAUUAGAGCCAGUGAAUAUCAUGGAGCUCUACUACAGCGCUGAAGAAUCCAAGAGCUUCACCUUCUACAGGCGGGACACUGGCCUCACUUCCAGCUUUGAGUCGGCUGCCUACCCAGGCUGGUUCCUCUGCACGGUGCCUGAAGCCGACCAGCCUCUGAGACUCACCCAGCUCCCUGCAGAUGCCAGCUUGGAUGCCCCCAUCAUAGACUUCUACUUCCAGCAGUGUGAUUAAGGCAGGGUGCCCUCAGAACUCCCUGGGCUAGGCGACCUUGGGCAGCAGAUAGAGGAGGAGACUGAUGGUGACCACUCCCUCUCUGCUAUCACCGGGCAUUGGGCCGCACUCCUUCUCCCGGGUCCUAGUUUAAUUGAACAUAUCUGAGACUUACGUGAGGUUCAUUCUGUACGUUCCUUCCUUAUUGCAUGGUCCUCAUGCUGUGGGAUCUUGUGCAAACCACCUGCGAUAAACAGGAGUGACACCAAUGACGUUCUAGGGGACCAGGUUUGGAGGAGUGGUGGCAAAUAGUUAUUUUCAAUGGUCACUUGGAGCCUUUGGGUGGCACAAGUGGUUAACCUGCUUGUCUGCCAGCAGAAAAAUUGCAGUUUUGAGUCCAACAAGAGGCAACUGGGAAAAAAGGCCUGGCGACAUACUUAAAAAAAAAAAUCAGCUAUUUAAGACUAUGAAGCUAUGGAAUACAAUUGUAUUCUGACACACAUGGGAUGCCAUGAGUGGGAACGGACUUUAUGGAAAAUGCUGUUGUUUUCUGUACUUGUAGACCCAGUCGCCCUGCACUCUCUAAGCCACCCUGUCUAUAGUUGAGCCCUAUUGCCAUCAGAUGCCCACAGCGGUAGUGUCACUCACGACAGGGGAGGGGAGAGCGGGUGGGCGCCCUGCCAGCUCCCUGUCUCAUCCCUUUACUGCUGCUGCCAUCACAUCCUUUUCCAUGUCUGCCCAGGGACACUGGUCCUUGUUCUCUCGUCCUGGGCAUGCUGGGUGGAGGUGCUCGAGGAAAUGGUUCCAGCUUAGGAGGCGAUGGGAGACGGGCAGGGCGUGUUGUGCAUUUCUGAAACUCCAAGUUCAAUAAAAACCCAAGAAGCUGGUCUCUAUGCAUAUGAGAUAUAUGCUCACGCUACCUUAAGUGAGAACAGCAUGUUAAAAGGUAACCUAUUGUUUAAUUCCAUGUUAGUGAAAAACAAAAACAGAACAAAUCCUCCGACCUGUAGAGUUCUGCAUAGAAAAAGUCUAGAAGCAUGGGUUUGAAUUUUAGCCAUGUCAGGGUGAUGUCUUUCUUUUGGCUAUUUUUUAUUUCUUUGUACUUUCUACACGGAUGAUAGGACACUUGCAUGAUAAUGAAGAAAAUAAAUGAAUCCUGA